GCUAGGCGUGCGCACUGGGUCCAGGGAAGGACAGGGCGGGUCCUCCCGGCUGUCAGCUGUGGCCUCAGGCACCCGGGGGUGGCUGCGGCCAUUGGCGGAAAGACAGGCGGGCGGGCCGGGCGGCGGCGAGCCGCUUCGGGCCGAGCGGAACGAGCGGAGAGGCAGGCGAAGCAGGCAGGCGUUCGGACAGUCGGGCACGUCUCGGGCUGCUGCAUUCGGCCUGGCCAUGGCAGCGGCACCCCUGAAAGUGUGCAUCGUGGGCUCGGGAAACUGGGGUUCCGCGGUUGCAAAAAUCAUUGGCAACAAUGUCCAGAAGCUCCAGAAGUUUGCCUCCACGGUCAAGAUGUGGGUCUUUGAAGAAACGGUGAAUGGGAGGAAACUGACAGACAUCAUAAAUCACGACCAUGAAAAUGUCAAAUAUCUCCCCGGACACAAGCUGCCAGAAAACGUGGUCGCCGUCUCCAACCUCAGCGAGGCUGUGCAGGACGCAGACCUGCUGGUGUUCGUCAUCCCGCAUCAGUUCAUCCACAGGAUCUGUGACGAGAUCACCGGCCAGGUGCCCAAGCAGGCGCUGGGGAUCACGCUCAUCAAGGGCAUCGACGAGGGCCCCGAGGGGCUGAAGCUCAUUUCUGACAUCAUCCGCGAGAAGAUGGGCAUUGAUAUCAGCGUGCUGAUGGGCGCCAACAUCGCCAGCGAGGUGGCCGCCGAGAAGUUCUGCGAGACCACCAUCGGCAGCAAAGUCAUGGAGAACGGUCUUCUCUUCAAAGAACUCCUACAGACCCCAAAUUUUCGAAUCACCGUGGUGGACGACGCAGACACUGUGGAACUCUGCGGAGCUCUGAAGAACAUUGUGGCCGUGGGAGCCGGCUUCUGCGACGGCCUGCGCUGUGGCGACAAUACCAAAGCCGCCGUCAUCCGCCUGGGCCUCAUGGAGAUGAUCGCCUUCGCCAAGCUCUUCUGCAGGGGCCCUGUGGCCACCGCCACCUUCCUGGAGAGCUGCGGGGUGGCCGACCUCAUCACCACCUGCUAUGGAGGGAGGAACCGCAGGGUGGCCGAGGCCUUCGCCAGGACUGGGAAGACCCUGGAGGAAUUGGAGAAGGAGAUGCUGAAUGGGCAGAAACUCCAGGGGCCUCAGACGUCUGCCGAAGUGUACCGCAUUCUCCAACAGAAGGGACUCACCGACAGGUUUCCAUUGUUCACCGCAGUCUAUCAGAUCUGCUACGAAGGCAGACCGGUCCAGGAGAUGCUGUCCUGUCUUCAGAGCCAUCCAGAACAUAUCUAAAACGGGUGGCGCAGCAGGGCCGGGCAAGCGCUGCCUUUCUCAUCGGCGCAGUGAGACCCCCAGGACACCCAGGACUUGGUAUCAGGACGCUUAUCUGACUGUCAACCCACCGUGGAUGCGUAUGAAUUCUUACAGGUUCAUUUUUUAAUUGUGACACAUGCAUUUUGCCGGCUGAGACAGGCUGGGGACCACUCGACACCUGCAUUGAGGUGGGUGGGUAGGUGGGCGCAUUUCCCAAUCUGAGGCUGCUCCUCUGAAGCAAAUGAAAUGUCCUUUUAAAAAAUGACUUGGGAAUUUUCCCCCACCGUGGCAGCCUAGGAGAUGGGGACUAUCUCAGCUGAGUUUUAUUUUGUUUUUUAGAUACCGUUUGUAUGUAUUUUCAUGAUGCGUUUAAUCAGCAUCAAGCUGAUAGAGUGGUGAAGUGUGUUCAGGAAAUCAACGUAUUUAACUUGUGAUCACUCUGCAAGCCAGCAGAAUUAACUCCUUUGAUUGGGGAUUGAUUAAUCUUUUUUUAAACAUUGAGCUGUUUUUAAUCAGAGCCCCCACGUCCCUACUCACUCCUGCCAAUGGGGUCCCGUGCGUUGUUGGCAUCUGUCUCCCUGGCAUGCUGGCACUGCGCUUUGUCCAGGCUUGGCAGUGGUGGAAAGACGGGAAUAUCAGCUGCGAUUUGCCUGCUGGGCCCCAGUUCCUGCAGUUCACAUGGGACACGUGUGUGAUGGCUUGGCUUCACUUCUGUCGUGUUUGCCAACAUUUCUCUUAGUCCUGGCAGGUCUCCCAAGCAGGGACUGCUGGUACCCCUCCUGUGAAGGUGUCUGGUGGCCAGGAAAGUGAUGGGCAGGGGCCCUCUGGGGAGCCACGGGCUGACCAGCCUCCAGCUAAGUAGAACCACAUGCAAAUGUUCCAG